AUGAAAAUCGCCGUGAUCUCCGUACUACUUCCAAUAAUAUUUACUGGUCUUUUUUUAAAGACAAAGGAACAAGAUACCUUUAUAUCAUAUGGAGUAAUAUUGAAGGAAAGAUUUAAAGAAAUAUUAUUAUACUUCAACAUAUUUGACAUUGAAUUUCCAUCAAGUUAUGUUCAUAAUGAAAAGAUCCUAGGGCUUCAUGUACGGGACAUUGAAAAAGAUGCAUAUGAAGUAUAUCCAAUAUUAAAAGAAUUAAAACAAAAGGAUUAUUUUCGAAUUUUCAAAGUGAAUUUACAUAUACCAUGCAAAAUUUUAAAAGUAAAUGAAAAAUGUAAAGAAAUGAAAAAAUGUAGUGUUUGUGAAUGUGAAAAUGAGGAAAUACCAUAUAAUUUUCGAACCAAUGAAAUUGAAAUAAUUGAAGAUAAAAUGUCGAAUGAAGAUUUGAAAAAAACUUUUAUUGAAAAUAAACUCUAUAAAGACAUAUUAGGAAUCUAUGCCACAUCUGAUGAAGGAUUUUUAACUUAUGUAGAUUUGGUUUACAACUCUCCCUCAUUCACUGCCUACGAGGGUCGAAAUAUUUGGAACAAGAUAUAUAAAGAAAACUGUUUCCAGAACGAGAAGAAUGGAUGUAAGGAAAUGAAAAGUUUUUAUAGAAUAAUUUCAGGAAUGCAAUCCAACAUAGCGAUUUUAUCAGCUGAAUAUUACUACCUUAAGAAUGAUUUUGUAUUCGGAGAUUUGCACUCUGUUGAUGUUAUAAAAAGUGAUUAUUUUAAAAAGUUAAAUUAUGAUUACAAUGUGAAUUUCUUUAAGGAAAAGAUUGCACUUUACCCGGAGAGGAUUGAAAAUUUAUAUUUUACUUUUGCCAUCUUGCUGAGAGCCAUGUGUCGACUGAAGCCCCUUGUCAGCCAGUGCAAGUGCAACUCAGGUCAGGAACAGAACGACAAGGAGGCGCUUAAACUUCUGGAUAAUUUACUGGGGAAUUUAUAUCACGCGUGUUCAUCGAAGGAAUUCUUAGAACCGAUAUUUCCAACACAUGGGAAAGAAAUAUUAGCGAAAUUUAUGAACAUAACCAACAUUUUAGAUUGUGUACCUUGUGUCAAAUGUCGUUUGCAUGGAAAACUAAAAACGACUGCCCUGCAGAUAGCCUUGGUGGAGGGAAUGAGUAACGAACAUAUUGGAUCUCUGGAGAGAAACGAAAUCACGGCUCUAAUCAAUUCCCUUUACUACUUCGCGGAUUCGAUAAUUAUUUUAAACAAAUUCGAAGAAAGAUUAAAAUUAAAAAGAGCAACAUUUAUUUUCUACCUGUUAUCAUUUUGUCUAUGCAUAAUUUUAAUAGUAUAUUCCGUGAUAUUUAUAACUGUGCGGAAUUAUAAUAAAGAAAAAAAAAAAAAAAAAAAAACAUAA